AUGGAGUCAGGCGGAGGGGGAAGGGGGAGGGGUAGAAAAGGGGCGAGGGGGGGUAGAAGCGGUGGAGGCGCACGAGGGAGGAGAGGCAGUGCGAGGGGGGAGGCGGUGGGCGCGGUGGCGGAGGGGACUGCAGGGGCGUGGUGGGCGAUUGGGGGAGGCGCGGAGGGCGGCUAUGCGGAUGGGGGGGAAGCAGGAAGAAUCGCGGCUAGAGGAACGGGAUGGGGCGUGGGGGAGGGCGCGGAGGUCGGCGCAAGCGUGCGCGGAGCGGCAGUGGCAGCGCGGGAGGGCGGAGGGACGGGCGGAGGAGUGGGAGCGGUGGGUGGAGGAGGGGGAGCAGCGAAUGCAGCGGAGGGAUGGACAGGGGGAGGCGCGGAGGGGCGCGUAUCCCGCCGCAGGGGAGGUAGGGGGAGAGGCGCGGAUGGCGGAGCAGGCGGGAGUACGGUACGCGUAAGCGAGGGCGCGGGGAGGGGGAGGACGAGGGGUGGAACGGGGCAAGCGGACGGCAGUCGCGGGCGGGAGUUGGUGGCGCGCAGAGGGAGGGGCGCAGGUGUGGCGCGCGGACAGGAUUGGACGGGGACGGGCGCGCAUGCGCGUGGGAAUGCGCGGAUGAGAGGGGGGGACGCCGGCAGGGGGUGGGACACGGACGGGGGAAUGGGGUACCUCGAUGGGCGGGUGAGUGGUGGAGAGGCAUUGGGAGCGGCGGAAGGGCAGCAGGGGCGUGUGGAUUGGGAGGAGUACGGAGGUGUAGCGAGGGGUAGGAGAGUGGAGAUGGCAUGGGGGGGUGAUGGCGAGGAGGAAGGGGAGCGGUGGGAUGGGGGGGGCGAGGAGUCAAACGCAAGGCAGCAGAUGGUGGGUGCAGGGCGCAUGCACCGUGACCAGCUGCUGCCCCACCUGCAGCAGCAGCAGCAGCAGCGGCCGGAGGAGGAGGAGCAAUGGCAGCAGCAGCAGCAGCAGCAGCAGCAACGUCAGUAUGAGCAGCAAGAGCAGGUGGAGGGAAGGGGCGGCGAGGGGCAGUUUCGUGGUGCGGCAGGCGGGUGGGCGGAGGGUGGACGGCAGCACGCAUGGCAGCUUGGCGGCGGUGGGGAGGAGCUUGGGCGCACCGACGUGGGUGUGGGUGUGGACGGUGGGGGGGAUGGGGCUUGGGGGGAGUGGUACGAUGGGGAGGGUGUCGGAGCGGCAGAGGAGGACUGGGAAGGAGACGGAGGGGAGUGGGGAGGAGAGGGAGGGGAGGAGUGGGGGGGAGGGGAAGGGGAGGAGUGGGGGGGAGAGGGAGGGGAGGGGGAGGACUAUGAGCUGGGCUAUGCUGCCGGCCUGGCUGCUGCUCGUGAGGCCCUCAGACAAGCGUCUGCCGCCACUGCUGCUGCACGUGCAGGUGUCGGUGCUGGCGGGGUGGCUGUUGGGGGUGCUGCUUCCAUGGGUGGGGCUGAGGGGGCAGCAGGCGGUGCGGCAGGAGGCGGCAUGGAUCUCAUGCUGCCUCACCACCCGCCCGCUGCAGCACCAGCGAGCGCAGCAGCUGCCCUGCACACACCGGAUGCUUCUCAGGUGCCCACCGCAGCAGCACCCACAGCACCAGGUGGGGGCGCAGCAGGGGGGGGCGCAGCAGGUGGGGGCGCAGGUGGGCAGGAAGAGGCAGGCGGCGGCGGCGGCAGUAGGCGGCACGGCGGGGGAGGCAGGGGAGGCGGGGGAGGCGGGGGAGGGAGCAGGAGCGGGCGGCGGCGGCACGUGGACGUGAGUGUGAAGCGCGACAUCUGUGAGCUGCGGCGUGUGCGCCCGGGCAUCACGGUGGGGGGGAUCAUGCGUGUGUGCCGCGCCAAGUACCCGCACAUGCGCCUCAUCCCCUCGCACGUGCGCCGCAUCCUCACCAAGGCGCCCCACUGGAGCUCCACCUUGGCGCAGCGCAGCAGCAAGCGGGUGCGCGCGCCCGAGAGCAUGGCGCUGGAGGAGGCGCUCGUGGCGUGGCUGAGGGACAUGAAGGGCGGCCCGGGCGCCACCAAGGUGCAGCUGCAGCAGAUCUGCGCCAAGGGCCGCGAGCUGGGCCCGUCGUUUGGGGUGUCGCCCUCCUUCAGGUACAGCAUUGGGUGGGCGUGUCGCUUCCAGGAGCGGUGGGGGUUCUCAAAGCGGCAUGUGGAGGAGGAGAGGGAGGCGUACUUCAAUGACGACCCUGCUGCUGCCGCCGCCGCCGCUGCGGGCAGUGCGGAGCCGUCGCUGGUGGAGCUGGCUGAUGAGAUCUUUGGCGCCCAGAUCCUGGUGGCACGCACGCAUGGUGGUGAGGAGGAGGGGGAGGGGGAGGAGGGGGAAGAGGGGGAUGAGGAGGGCAGUGAGGAGGAUGAUGAGGACGAGGAUGAGGAGGAUGGAAGGGGACGGGAGACGUCACUGACUGCUGGCAGGGAGGUGAUCGACCUAGAGGGCGGUGAGGGGGGGGAGAGGGUCGAGGGGGGUGAGGGGGGUGAGGGGGGCGACAGGCUGCAGCGGCGGCGGAGGGGCGAGGGCGGGUCAGAGGAGCAGUCACAGCAGGGCAGGGAACAGGCAGGUGGGGGGGCAGGCGAGGAGGGCGAUGGAGGAGAGGCGGCAGCAGAGGCGGGUGGAUGGGCUGGAGGAGUGGACUUGCUGGCAGGCACGGCAAGAGGCGCCGCAAGGGAUCGGGCGAGGAAGAAGGCAGCAGGCAGGGCGGUACGCGCGGUGCAGCCGAGUCGAGAGCUGCUGGCGCUGGCACUGGCAGAGGCUGGCGUGGACGGGGAGCAGGCGGGUGCCGGCAUGCAGGGAGCAGGUGGGUCUGACUUGGAUGAUUUAGCAGAGGGAAUCAGACGGGCAGCGCCGCCAGCAGGGGCAGCGGUGAGGGGUGCAGCAGCAGCAGCUGGUGCAGCGGCAGUGGGAGGGACGUUGGUGGAUGUGGAGGCGGCAGUGGCAGCAGCAGGAGACCUCCGCCUGGACCCCCCAAGCGAUGACUCCAGUGGUGGCCACACCCACGUUGGUGAUGGUGGUGAUGCUGGUAGGCGGCACGUGGAGAGGCAGCCUGCUGCAGCGAGGGAGAAGCGGGCGCCGGGCGGGAAGGGCAAGCAGCGGGCGGCAAUCAGUGUGCGGGUGAAGCGAGUGAUCUGCAUGCUGAGGGCGGCCCGCCCCGACAUGGCGCCCAAAGACAUCCACCGCCUCCUGCACCGCGCCUUCCACGCCGCCGCCCGCCCUCCCCAAGGCACCGCCCCACCCUCUGCCGCCUCUGCCACCGCCGCUGCUGCUGGCAGGGCAGCGAGCUUGGCAGCGGGGGGAGUGGCGGCGGCGGGCGUGGAGGCGGCGGGAGUGGCGGCGCUGGACGUGGCGGCGGUGAGGCGCAUCCUGAGGAAGAGCCACGUGUACCUCGCCCUGCCCGCCCACAGCGCCUUCCGCAUCCGCCACAGCAGCGGCGCCCACCCCCAGGUGCAGGCGGCCGUGGCGGCGUGGGUGCGCGCCAUGGAGGCACGGUACGGGCGAGAGGCGGUGCGGUGGGAUGACAUUCUGGACUAUGCCCGGCAAGUGGGGCCGCACAUGGGCGUGCCGGAGGGCUUCCGGUACAGCUACCACUGGGCUCGCAAGGCGCUGCUGCGGCAUGGGCUGGGGAGUAACUGGGGCAAGCAGGUGGAGCGGGGCGGUCGGAAGAAGAAGGGGAAGGAGAGAGGAGAUGGGGGAGAGAUGUGGAUUGAUGGUAGCACCACUGAUGGUAACACCACUGAUGGUAACACGACAGAUGGAAACACCUUCGACGGGCAGAGCAGUGACGGUGGAGGGACGGACGAGGAGAGGGAGGAGGGGCGCCACUCACUGCACUCUGACCGCCCUGCUGCCGCUGCCGCUCCUGCUGCUGCUGCUGCUGCUGCCGGGCGUGCAGGGGGGGCAGCGGGGGGAGAGGAGCAGCAGGAGGGGCCGCUGGACCGACUGCAGCGCCUGGCGGAGCAGUGGGCGGCUGAGGCACGCACGGCGGGGCAGGCGCAUGGGCGCACAGGGGAGGGGCAGGCGCAUGGGCGCACAGGGGAGGGGGCGGGCGGCAGGCAGCGGCGGUGGCGCCACACAGUGGUGCCGCCCGCUGUGAAGCUCGCAAUGUGCGCCCUCGCCCGCGCCCUCCCCUCCCUCCCCUCCCGGGCCAUCGCCCGCGCUGUUGGCGCCAGGUGCGUUGUGUUGGCGCCAGGUGCGUUGUGUUGGACUCCUUGCUACCCUCACCCACCCCACCUCCUCCCUUCCUGGUUGUAA